AAACCUGUUUUGAAUUAGUCAACAGCGUAUAUUGAUUCCGUUGGACGGUUGAAGUGUUUUUGCAGUGUCAAAAUAAUGUGUAAAUUGUGGGUCGUAGAAUCAUUCUGUGAGCUCUCACUGGGUGUAUUAAUAAAGAUAAUAAUUUAAAUAUCCAACAACACACAGAUAUGAACAUGGAAUAAAUUACAUAAAUAUCAAAUUCGAUACCUAAAUGUAUUCGCCGGUUGGGAAUUGUUAUUGAAAAGGUACAGCGAUCCCUGUAGAAACGUAUACAGGAACUGUUUCCGAUUCUAAACAAACAUCUCUGAUCAGAUAACACUUUCAAAAAUAUAAACACUUUCUGGAUAAUGUGGAAGUAUGACGAAUUCUUUGCUUACUGUUGCAUGUACUUUAUUUAUGUUUGGAGCAGGCCAGGUGUGUGUGCCGUGUGAAGAAAAUACACGUUGUGAAAUAGCAUAUGCAUUCCAAUAUACAGGCAUCGGAUUAUAUCAGCUAAUUUGGAGUAUUGGUGGAAUAGAUGCUGUUGUAUGUCACACACGCAAUGGCAAUGAGUGUGAACUUUAUCCAGAUUUCAAAGGUGUCGUAUUUUCGAAAAUUGAAAAACAAUCAGAUUUUAUGACAACAAAUAUUCAGUUUACAGCAGAUAGAAACAACCAAUUGCUAACAGCCAAAAAAUGGGAACUGGUUUAUUCUUCAACAGUUGUGUAUACGUGCGAUGUACAUUACUAUAAAAAAAUUGAUCAAGCAAUGUGUCACCAUAAGAUAUCGAAAAAAGGUCUACACAUAGAAUGUACCAGUGCGAACGUUUAUCCGAAAAGUUGCUGUAACUUUAGUGUAAAGGUGAAUCGGGCGUCCUGGGAUAUUCAGUUGACACCAGAGUAUAAUCGCACUGUUGUUAAAACGGAUCCAGUUUAUUUCGACACGGUGUGUGCUCUAGACAUUGCCCCAGCCGACUUGGAAUCUGGGGUUUGGGAAGUUAAUGUGACAAUGUAUCCUGAUAUUUUUAACGAUGACGGUAAAAACUGCAAACCUACAAACGGCGGAAAAACGUUUCUUUUCAACAUAACCAUCGAACAUCCGUUUAUUAGUUUGUACAACUGUCCAAAUGCUGUUGAAGACGGUAAGGAGUUUAAUUGCAUUUGCCAACGUGACGAUAAAAGUGAUGUUCACACAGUUGUCUAUUGGAAAAAACAAGGGGCUAAUCGAAGCAAUAAUAACAUAUCUGCUGUUCUGAUAGCAACAGCGAAAAAAGAAGAAACAGGUGAAUUUGAACUCAGUUCCAUGUUUGGAAUCCAUUUCUAA